AGAGAGGGUACAGUGGCUGGAUGUGUCAGUGUUCGUUACUUGUGCCAUUCCCAGCUCAACUUUUUUAAGCCAGUCUUCGUUUGUCCUCGCUAGAAUGUUCCAUGUUGCAUGUGAAGAAUGCUGGUAUAUUAUUAAAUAGGACAAAUGAUGCAAGGAAUUAAACAGGACACAUAAACACUGACCAGCUCGUCAUGGAGUGGUGACUGUUACAGGAAAUACUUGGAGACUUGUACAGUGGACACAGUGAGUCAGUAUAGUAAUGGGUUUGUAUAGUCAGAUCAUGUCCAAGCUUGCCCCAACAACUUCUAGUGAUUCAACGUCAUGCACAACAAGGAUGAAACCAUCUGAGAGAGUAACAGAGGUUCUGAAGAAGGCAGUCAUUUGUGAAGACGAGGUGAUGGUGUCAGUCGCCUUGGCUCUUGGUGCUGACCCCUGCACCACUGAAUGGGUAGAAAACGGUAAUGUGUCACUUUGUUUGUUGAGCAUAGCGACCAUUAAUGGCGCCGCCCACCUGGUACCACUACUUGUAGAGGCGGGGGCCCCCGUGGAUGGCUCUGAGACGACCUUAAAACCUAUUCAUUUGGCGACACAUAGACGCCGUAAACAUGUGUUGAGGGCGCUGCUCGCUGCUGGUGCCAACGUGGAGGCCAAGGAUGUCAACGGUUGGACCACCCUACAUAUAGCAACAUAUAAGGAUAAUGAAUCAUGUUUGAAGACUCUUCUUGAUGCCAAUGCUGACAUUAACUCUAAGGGUGGUGGUGGGGUUCGACCAUUGCACCAUGCUGCCAUAUGCAACAAUAUACGUGCUGUGAAGCAAUUACUCAGGCGUGAACUCUGUGACCGUCAUGCCGUGGAUAACACCGUCCGCACAGCGCUACACCAUGCAACAUCGAAUGGAAGUUUGGAGGUAACGCAACACCUCGUGGAGGCUGGCCUCGACCUUAGUGCCAAGGACAAAUUGGGACAAACACCCUUGGAUCUUGCAAGACUGGCAGGUCAUGAACUUGUGGAGUGGUGGCUCAGGAAACUGCCAUGCCACGGACCUGCUGCUGAGAAACCAACUCUAGACUUAAUGAAAAUAUAUUGGAAGGACUGUGCGAAUAAUUAUGAGGAAGCACUGAAGGAUAUCAAAGACAAGGACAGCGGGGUAUCUACCUAUAUGGGAAACCAGUCACUCACGACAAGUAUCCACCUGCAGGACGCUUCUGGCCGGACAAUCCUCCACUGGAUGGCAGAGGUCGGCAACAUUGCCAUGGUACGGUACUACCUUAUAUAUCAUCAUUUAUACCAUAAUGUGGUGACCUGGGCUGGCGAGACUCCUGCUGACCUGGCACGACGAGCAGGCCAUGGCGAUGUACUAAGCGUGUUUCAGGACCUACAGCAUUCAUCGCCGCUUCAAGGGUCACCCGAAGAGCUGUACGACCAGCUGUUGUCUCUCAUUACCCAAAGUGACGACUUCGAACAGGGGGGUCGUCUGCUGUAUGCAGGAGCGCCCUUGGAGUCUCCGAGCGGCUCUUCCACCCAGCCCCUCCCUCUGGCCAUUACCAGUAACCGGCGCGAAAUGGUCAGCCUCCUGCUGGCGGCAGGGGCGCCUCUCACCACCACCUGCAACGGCCUCAACCUGCUGACGCUUGCCUGGCUCUCCCCCGAUGUCACUCCUCCUGUCCAGGUCAUCAUUAUAAGGGCCUUCAUUCAUGUUCUGAAGUGGGAACGUACCAACCUGACACACUUCCCAGAAGUUGAAGAAGGUGUUGGUCAACUCAUAUUAACCAUGAGAUGUGACAACUUUUGGCAAGCCAGCUGGCCCAAUGGCGGGUCAGUCUUCCACCUGACAGAGCUCAUGGUCCAGGCUGUUCGUACCAAGUGUACUUUGACAUGCAGCUUCAUCCACGAAGCUGGUGGUCACGCCUCCCUGUGUACCAAGUCCGGUGUGAGUCCUCUGCACGCUGCGCUGGAGGUUGGUCACUGGAACCUGGCAAGGCAAAUGAUCAAGAACAUGGGAGGUUGCCUGUAUGUUGCUGACUUUGGAGGUCGACUGCCCACAACCAUGAUGCCUUCACGCCUCCGCCAGCAUCUGGAGCAGAAUAUUUACAACAAAGAAAGGAUCCAACUUGAAGACCUACACUAUAAGAUCAAAGACAAAGUAGAGAAGCAUCAGAUGCAGAAACUUCUCCGCGUUCAGAAGAACCUCAUCACAACAUACUGGGACACGAUAACUGGGAACACAGCCACAACCAUAUGUCAAGAGCCGUUCAACAAAGCCCAGGUUCUACUCAUAGCGUCUCAAGGUGGGAUGCUGCAGCUGAUCUACCUCCUGGUGAAGGUGGGAGGUGUGGAAAUUGAUACACAAGUGGAUCCUACUAAUGGCACGACUGCCAUACACCAAGCUGCCUCACAUGGCAAAUCUGGUUGUGUCCUCCUCCUUCUGAGUCUUGGCGCUGACCCGCUACUCGAAGAUCGAUACAGGCAAACAGGUCCACAUUUGGCUGCCAUGUUUGGCCACCAAAAGGCCUUUGAGCUGUUUAGAGAGUGUCUAGAUCAACAAGAGCCUUCCUGUAGAGCUGGAACUACUCCAACAGAUGUCAAAAACAACUUCUCAAAGUACCUAAAGAUGUAUAACAGAUGUGAAUCAAAUCAAGAACACAUAGACAACAACCCGACAGAUGCCACCAUAAACCUUCUCAAACGGACUGAGAUUAGAAACUUGGUGAAAAAUGCACAGAAAGUGACUGUUGAUUACACUAAAGGUGAGGCACAAGAAGUAAAAGAAGUCAUAACAAAAGAAAUGACGGCAAUUACAGACAAAGUUGCAGAUAUUGACAGUACGUACACUGGUACACUCACGCUGCUUGGGAGCACUGCAGACUCCACAAGGCUCUAUUAUCCUGAUGAGUUUGAUUUUAAUCUAACACUCAAGAGCUUCUCUGACGUCACUGUUAGAAUUAUUAAACAAACAAAGAAGGAUGUGUUGUUAAGCGGCCACAAGUUAAAAAUUGAAAUUGAAACAGAAAACCCGAGCCUUCAGGGUAAUAGGUUGAUGAGUAACCUGUAUGACCGAGUAAGAGAAAGCCUUAAUAGUUACGUACUGCAGGACGACAGAUUGAGCCUCGUGCCACCUGGUGUGACCAGGACGCAGGUGGGCCUGGCACUGUCACUGGCUUGGCAGGGAAGUGAGUAUCCCUUGUUGUUGGUUGACAUUGACUUAGUUCCAGUACUAUCUGUACCUUGGCCUAAGGAGAUAAUGAGACCACCCCUCACACCCGUCGACUCACAGAUGAUCCACCUCAGUAACACCGGAGAUGCAAAAUGGCGCUGCAGCUUCGCCGCGACUGAGGUGGAGGUGGUGAAGAAGUUGGCUCCUCAGGAACGCCAAGUGUUUCUCACCGGCAAGACGCUCCUCUCCUACAUGAAGGCUGAACUCUGGAUGCCCAGAGACGUGAAGAACCAAUUUUCUUGGUGGGACUCUCGCUACUGGAGUAUCCCUAUUCCUGCAGGAUUCUGCUUCAAGAAUUCCUUCUUGAAGCUGCUUCAAGUGAAACGGGAGAACAAAAUCCAAUGGAAGGAAGGGGAUACAAUGACACACGUUACGGAGGUGUUUGAAAUAAUGUGUCUGAAGACGGAUGACACUAAACAUCUUGUGCCAGCCAAAGUUCAUGCUUACUUUGGUGGAGACUAUGAAAAGCCAAAGGUGGGAGAAGGAGCCCCGCUUAUAAAUGAAUUUCUCAAGAAGAGUCUCACGAAACUUUCAAACCCUAAAGUUGGUUUCCUGGGAUUCAAGCAAGGUUUCCUCAGGUGAUUUUUUGGCUGAGGGUCGUGUGAAAACUGAACAUUAAAAUCAACCAUCCAAUACAACUGUGAACUGUUUACAUCACAUCACACCAAGUGCGCCUCGAGUACAGUAUUAUGACCCUAUAAAGGUUGUGGAAGAAUAUCUCCCUAAGCCCAGGAGACCCCAUGUUGCUACUCACAAGUCGUGUGAAUCAAGUGAGAUUGGUCAUUGAUUAUUAUGGGUUGUCUUGUAUACUGAGUUGAUACUGGUCAAAAUAAAGAUUAUUUAAAGUA